AUGCGCUCUGUCGAUCACGCCACACUUCCUGUGGGAUUCCCCAGAAUCUGGAACUUCGUCUGGAAGCAGCGGAACGGAGCGAAGAAAAUGCGCCACAAGAAUUCAAUGUUCUCACUGCCAGGUAAGUGACUCCGAGUUACAAGAGGAAGGGUCUCAAGUACCGUCUUGUAAGGGCUCUCCAUAUUACUGGCCUCUCGCUCGUUUACACCUCAUUCAUGUCUUCCUUCCGUCUUGAUGAGCGAUGUCUCCAAAGUCCGUCGUUUUGAUCUCUCUGCCCAUUCAGAUGAUCCCAACCGCCCCAGAUUUGUUCCGGCGGCCGAACCUCUUCUCCUUGUGGAUUCUGGAGAACCAUCUUCUAGAAGAUCGUCCACCUCGAGAGUGCCUGUAAUCCCUUCCAUCGAGAGUCCUGAUCUAAAGACUCCUGAAGAUGAAGAUAUACAAGAUGUGGGACUCAUAAAGUCAGUUCGCAGCUACCCUCCGGGGGUAUUCUUCAUGCUGGGCAAUGAGUUUUGCGAGCGGUUCUCUUUCUAUGGCAUGCGAGCCGUGCUGACGUUAUACUUGAUCCAUGAGUACCAAUUGGCUGACAGGUAUUUUUGAAUGCCAUUUAAUUACAACUUUGUAGCACGGCUUCUUUGCUGUAUCAUUUGUUCAUUUCUUUGGCCUACUUCUCCCCUUUGUUUGGCUCUGUGGUUGCUGACAAUUAUUUUGGCAGAUUCAAAGUAAUUCUCUGGGUAGGUUAAACACAAAAAAGAUUGUAAAACACCUUAAAUCUUUUGUAAUAUUUCAGGUGUCCGUAAUCUACGUAAUUGGUCAUAUGCUACUCUCUGCCGGCGCUUUGCCGUACUUCAGUGAUCUGACCCGAGCCCUGUUGGAUGUAGGCGGAUUGGCUUUGAUUGCCUUGGGCACUGGAGGAAUCAAGCCCUGUGUGUCUGCUUUCGCCGCUGAUCAGGUAUUCCUCUCCAAAUUAGAGUAAAGCUGCUUCCAGUUCGAAGAGAGCCAAGUCCAGGAGAGAACCCAAUUCUUCUCCUUCUUCUACUUCUCCAUCAAUGCUGGGUCUCUUGUGGCCAUCAUCGUAACCCCCCUUCUCCGUGCUCGUCUUCAAUGUUUUGGCUCCGAUUACUGUUUCCCUCUGGCAUUUGGAGUGCCUGGAGUUCUGAUGGCUAUCGCUUUCUUCACUUUCAUUGCCGGUUACAAGUAUUAUAAGAUAAAGCCCGCGGAGAAAGGGAACAUUUUAUGGAAGGUGAUCAGUUGUAUUUGGACCGCGUUGAGGAAGAAAUUGAGAGCUGUUAUGAGAAGGGAGCAGAGCGAUAAACACUGGCUACAGUAUGCUUCUCCAGAGCAUGACGAGAAUCUGAUCAAUGGAGUUAAGAGUUUGGUAGCAGUGUCACUUCUUUUUGUUCCUGUCGUCUUUUUCUGGGCAUUAUUUGAUCAGCAGGUAUCCACAGAUAGCAUGUUGUGUAGUGAACAAUUAGAUGAUUAACACGCAUUAAUAUCCUUCUCGUAUUUAGGGUAGUACAUGGGUCAUCCAAGCUCGUAGAAUGGACGGCAGGGUAGGGCCCUUUACAAUUCUGCCAGACCAGAUGAACACUUUCAAUCCACUGAUGAUCUUAUUUAUGGUUCCAAUAUUUGAAGCUUUCAUAUAUCCAUGUCUGCACAAGGUUGUCGUAAUUACCCCGCUUAGAAAGAUGGCAAUGGGAGGAGUUUUGGCUGCCCUUUCCUUUGUUAUAGCGGGAAUCUUGCAGGUAGGUCGGCGAAACAUUACUAUCAGCCACGAAUAAUGUUAUUGUAGAUAAAAGUGAACUCGAGUAUGGAAUCGAUGCCUUUGUCCGGCCAGGCAUUCGUUUAUCGCCUUGGGAAUUCAGUGGACACUUUGGUCAGUCAGAAUGGGCUCAUAUUGGCACCUGGGAAGAAUGCGUGGCCUGAGGGAAUUUAUGAUUUCCAAAUUGAGAAUCGGUCCUUCAGUCUUGAGUUACACGGCGGCAAGUCUUAUGUAGCCGGGAUCUCGAUUAUAGACGACAAGUAGGUUACAAGUUUCAACAAAGGUAAUUACUUUCAGACUGCUCGUAAAUACGUUUGAGUAUAAAUGCGAAAAAGUGGAGAACGGAAGGACCCGAAUUUACCUAUUAACAACAGAAAAUUCGAAGCUGAUAGGUCACAAAUUUUACAUCUUAGACAGUGCAAUGAAUGUAAAUCAAGAAACCGUUAUCAGACCGGGACAAUCUGUUGAUAUUGUCCCCAAUAUAGUGAGUUAUCCACAGUACACGCUAGCCUACGGAAACUGUAACGAGGCGUUGCAAUGUGACCAUGAGAUGUAAGUGAAGGAUUUGAUGCACUCUUUUCUAGAAAGAUAAACGCGACGGUUGGUUCAGCGCACGUGAUUGAUGUGGAUCAGGGAGGGUUGAGAACUAUGAUUGUCCGUCCAAACUCGGUCAGUGUUCUAUGGCAACUACCACAAUAUAUGGUGAUGACCUGGGGCGAGAUACUGUUCAGUGUGACGGGCCUCGAAUUCAGUUAUUCUCAGGCUAGUCCAAGCAUGAAAAGUGUUCUUCAGGUACGUGUCGAAUAGCUAUGAUAAAGGGAUUUAGGCGAUCUGGUUGAUGACAACGUUCUUCGGGAAUGUGAUUGACAUGUCCAUAUCCGGAAGUCAUCUUAUUCGAGAACCCGAGAUUGAGUUUUUCGUCUAUGCAUUCUUGAUGUUGGUGGUGAUCGGGGUUUUUGUCCUGAUAGCCAUGAAUUACACCUACGUGGAGGACGACUUGGAGAUGACUGACAGCCAACAAAAGCCAGCCGACACCUACUUAAAGCCUGAUGAUAACGCCGCUUUCUAA